GAAGCAAUGUCUGGUGUAUUGGCGGAACAGGAGAAGAAAGGCGGUUCAGCGCCGUCUUCUGCUCACAGCGAACCUCUUCAAUCUGAUCUGGAGGCCCGCAGAGCUUCUGCUACAACACCUCUGGAUGUACUGGAGCAGAUCAAGGAGACCGAUGAGGCACAUCCUAUGCACUGGGGAUUAUGGAAGAAGUGGUUCGUCAUCACUGUCUACUGUUUGCUACAGGUUUAUGUGACCAUGACUUCGACAAUGUAUGUGUCGGUCGAGACCUUCAUUCAGGAGAAGUUCCCUAGUACGACACAGGUCGUGACGCUUGGCCAAUCAAUGUUUAUCAUUGGAACUGCUGUUGGACCUGUUUUCCUUGGACCAUUGUCGGAUCUUGGAGGUCGCAAAUGGGUCUAUGUCGGUUCCAUCCUGCUUUAUGCGAUCCUCAACAUUGGAUGUGCUUUGGCCUACAAUCUACCAAUGCUGAUUAUUUUCUGCUUCCUGGUCGGCGUUGCUGGAUCUACUGCUUUGUCCAACGUUGCAGGAACCAUCAUUGAUCUUUUUGGUGUAUGUGGUUACAUGUUCGUACCUGUGAUGCACCAAUUUGCUUACGAUUCGUGUGUANNGGCCGAAGAUGGUGCGGGUCAGCCAAUGGCUCUCUUCGUACUGAGUUCCAACUAUGGUGCAAGUUUGGGAUCACCUAUUGGUGAAUGGAUUGGCAUCAACCCACACAUGGGCUGGCGCUGGAUCUUCUACAUGAACAUCAUCUGGGGUGGUGCGUUUGCCCUCGUGAUGUGCUUCAUGCCCGAAACACUCCCUUCUGUCGUCAUUGCGAGAGCGGUCAAGAAGCGUAACACCGAUGACCCUAACGCCAAGGUCGUCGCUGCCGAAUUGACCAAGGUCAAUGUAUUCCAAGAGAUCCGCUUCGUCUUGACAAUGGCAUUGCGUAUCAUGUUGACCGAGCCCAUCGUCAUUUUCCUCGGUUUCUACAACGGAUUUGCCUAUNNGGGUCAACUCCUGUUCCUGUACCUCGACGGUGUAUUUGCCGUCUUUGUCGACAACAAUGGUCUCAGUUACGUCGGCGCCAGUCUCUCAUACCUCAACUUCUGCGUCGGAGUAACCUGCAUGUUCAUCUUCGUGCCAGUCCAAACCUACCUCUUCCGCAAAGACCGCAUCAAGCACGGCAAGCACCGCCCCGAAGCCCGUUUCCUCACUUCCCUCGUCACGGUCUGGUUAUUCCCCAUCACCCUUUUCUGGUUCGCCUUCACCUCCAACGGAAAGACUUCUUACUGGUCCCCCAUUGUCGCAGGCGGUGUCCUCGGUUUCUGCGAUCCAUUGCUCUGGUUGGGAAUGCUGAACUAUCUUGGAGAUACAUAUAGCAAUGUUGCUGGCUCUGCUGUUGCUGCUUUCUUGAUUCCGUCCUUCUUGAUUGCAGCAGCUAUGUGUCAUGCUGGUGUCGCCAUGUUCCAGAACAUGAGUUCUACUUGGGCGUUCGCUACUCUGGCUUUCAUCUCUUUGGGUCUGGUGGCUUUGGUGUAUAUCCUUUACUUCUUUGGCCCUAUGCUCAGGAGACGCAGUAAGCUGGCGAACGUCUACUAG